AACCUCACUUUGGUCAACGAUCAACGAGUGUCAUGGCGUCGAAAAUUAAGGUAGCUGUUUUGUUAAUUUGUCUGGUAAAAUGUUGUUUAUCCUCAGUUUCAUACGAAGCAGAUGAUGAUUCAUCAAAUACGCAAACAACACAGCAAACAUUCAAGAUCGAAGGGAAGGUUUCGGUUCACGAUAACAAAUUGAAAGGAGAUUGGAUAUCAGAAACCAAAGUUUUAGUAAAUGAUGGAGAACUUAUGGGAUUCAUCAAAUCAGAUGGAACAUUUGUGGUUAAUUUUGCACCUUCUGGUUCACAUCUGGUUGAAAUUGUGUCACCAAAUUAUGUUUUUACAAAGAUAAGAGUAGACAUAAACAAAGCUGGAAGGAUUCGAGCAAGGAAAGCAAAUUUUGUGCAGCCAAAUGCUGUGGAGGUUGUACCCUACCCUUUGAGAUUUCAUGCAGAUGGACAAGCUCCGUUCUUUGAAAUACGAGAAACUUGGAAGGUCACAGAUGUUCUUUUCAACCCAAUGGUUAUCAUGAUGGUAUUACCUUUGUUGUUUUUGUUUGUCAUGCCAAAACUCCUAGCCAAUGCAGAUCCAGAGACACAGAAGGAAAUGCAGUCAUCCAUGAACAUGUUUCAAAACCAAAGAGAGUUACCAGAGAUUUCAGAUGUGUUUGCCAAGUGGUUUUCAAAUCCAAAAACAGGAAAGAAAACUGAGAAAGCACUAAGCAAGGCUGGUCGAAGAAGAUAACAGAGCUGAAUUUCCUUUAUGAAUGCAGUGGAGCAAAGAUGCAUUUACCAUUUGAUCUUUGGAAAGGAUAGGAAGAUUUCAGUUUGGAAAUUUGUAUAUAGCACUUGUUAUUCAUUAAUGUUUAUUACGUAAAUGAGACUAAUGAAUAAGAUUUGUCCAUUAAACAUAAUUUGUACUUGAGAUACAAAUUGCAAAAAAGCAAAACUUUAAAGGCACUUUCUUAUCUUUGAGAUAAUUUGAUAUGACAAGAGUUAGUUUGAAAGAUUUGUUUUGAUUGUAGAUUAAUCACCUAAGACUGAAGUUAUCUGAGAUAUUCGGAAGCAAUUUCUUCAAAAAUCAUAAAUUUAA